UUGCCUUGAGCAGCAAACCAGCUCACCACUCUUGACACUAUGAGCUACUACGGCAACUACUACGGAGGCCUGGGCUAUGGCUGUGGAGGCUUCGGCGGCCUGGGCUAUGGCUGUGGAGGCUUCGGCGGCCUGGGCUAUGGCUGUGGAUGUGGCAGCUUCCGCAGACGGGGCUAUGGCUAUGGCUGUGGCUAUGGAGGCUACGGAUACGGCUCUGGCUUCGGAGGCUAUGGAUACCGCAGCUGCCACCCAUCAUGCUAUGCAGGAUAUGGAUUCUCUGGAUAUUAUUGAAAUCCUUCCUUGACAAUCAAACAUGAGAGGCCAUAAGAAGGUCACCCAACUGCAAUAUUGACUGCACUAACAAACAAACAAGGUCACCCUGGAUCAAUCCAAGAUAAAGGGCAAUUAGCAUCUAAG